CCGGCGACCAUGCCCCGCCUCCCGCGGGCCGCGCUGCUGCCGCUGCAGCUCGCCCUGCUCGUGGGCGCCGGGGCCCCCGAGGCGUCGGUGAGCGCGCCGCGGAGCCUGGUGUGGGGGCCCGGGCUGCGGCCCGGCGUCGUCCUGCCCGUGCGCUAUUUCUACCUGCAGGCCGUGGACUCGGAGGGCCUGAACCUCACUCGCUCGCCCCCAGGUCAAACACUAUUCAAGGUAGUAAUCAAAUCUCUUUCACCUAAAGAGUUAGUCCGGAUUCACGUCCCCAAACCUUUGGACAGGAAUGACGGGACAUUUUUGGUGCGAUAUAGGAUGUAUGAAACUGUCAGUGAAGGGCUGAAGAUAGAGAUCCUUUAUGGUGAUGAACAUGUGGCUCAGUCUCCCUAUAUUUUGAAAGGACCAGUGUACCAUGAGUACUGUGAGUGUCCAGAAGAGGAUCCUCAGGCCUGGCAAAAAACUCUGUCUUGUCCAACCAAGGAACCACAGAUUGCAAAAGAUUUCGCUUCUUUCCCCAGCAUCAAUCUCCAGCAGAUGUUAAAUGAAGUUCCGAAAAGGUUUGGGGAUGAAAGGGGUGCCAUUGUCCAUUACACGGUUCUCAACAACCACAUCUACCGGAGAUCUUUAGGGAAAUACACAGACUUCAAAAUGUUCUCAGAUGAGAUUUUGCUGUCACUGGCAAGAAAGGUCCUUCUCCCCGAUAUAGAAUUUUAUAUUAAUCUUGGAGAUUGGCCUCUGGAGCAUCGAAAAGUCAAUGAAACCCCUGGCCCUUUGCCUAUCAUUUCGUGGUGUGGCUCCCUGGAUUCACGAGACAUUAUCCUUCCAACAUAUGACAUCUCCCACUCCACACUGGAAGCAUUGAGGGGUGUCACAAAUGAUCUCCUCUCUAUUCAGGGAAAUACAGGGCCUUCCUGGAUCAAUAAAACAGAAAAAGCUUUCUUCAGAGGUAGAGAUAGCCGAGAAGAGAGACUCCAGUUGGUACAGAUGUCCAAGGAAAACCCAGAGCUCCUAGAUGCAGGAAUUACAGGAUAUUUCUUUUUCCAAGAGAAAGAAAAGGAGCUUGGAAAAGCUAAAUUGAUAGGUUUCUUUGAUUUCUUUAAGUACAAGUAUCAAGUGAAUGUGGAUGGGACUGUGGCUGCGUAUAGAUAUCCGUACCUCAUGCUGGGUGACAGUCUGGUUCUGAAGCAGGACUCAACAUACUAUGAACAUUUCUAUAUGGCACUAAAGCCUUGGAAACAUUAUGUCCCAAUUAAAAGAAAUCUUAGUGAUUUACUAGAGAAAAUUAAGUGGGCCAAGGAAAAUGAUGAAGAAGCCAAGAAGAUUGCAAAAGAAGGGCAGCUGAGCGCCAGGGACCUGCUGCAGCCACACCGGCUUUACUGCUACUAUUACAGAGUAUUCCGGGAAUAUGCGGAGCGCCAGUCCAGCAAACCGGAAAUACGCGACGGAAUGGAACUUGUUGCUCAGCCUGAUGAUGACACGUCCGUGUGCCAGUGCCACCGGGAAAGACCUUCCAGAGAAGAGCUGUAAGUCAGCUCACGUUCACAGCCCUGCGUGUGUGGCCGAGGAGUUGCCUGCAAGCAUUCAGAUCAUUCAGGUAGAGGCCACCCUGUGUGGAGCGCAGUUCAGAAGACUUAACGUGCAUGGAUAGAGCAGUAGGAGAGCCAGCAUUACAUGUGUCUUUGAGUGUUAUUUUCUUUUGUGUAAAAACCGCUAUCAUCGGCGUCAGUUUGUUUUUUUAAAAAGAAAACUUGCGGGUCAUAGUAGACAGGCUUGCCCAAAUAUCACUCUCUAGGAAACUGUUGGCGCCAUAUUUCUUGGUGUGUUCCUGCCCCUUGUUCACUUUCCCUCCUCCUCUUCCAGUUAUGAAGAAGAAAUGCUUGUGCAGGGUCCUUCCGUCUCAUUGCGUAAUUUCUUCUCCUGCAGGCUGCUUUUGGCAUUCAGUAAUGGCAAGCCUCCUCCUGGAAGGUCUGAUAAGAACAGUUAAGGAAGGAGUGGAUGGUUCCCUUAUUAAAGGUAGCUUGGAGACUAGGGAGGCAGUAUUGUCUUCAAGCUCACUUGGAUCUUUUUAGCUAAGUUUUACCGAAGCCUGGGACAAAAUUAAGGAGAAAUUGUGUCGUAAGCUAGUAAUUUCCAAGCUACCUGGGUGGGACACCCAGCAAGGACAACACGGUUAUUAAAGUACAUGAGAACAUCCUAUGGGAACCAUUCAUUAUCUAUCUAUUGAAUAGAGGGAAGAUAACGAUAGUCAGGUGGGGAUCUUUACCACUUUUUUUUAAUCUAUAAAAGGAUACUUGAAAACAUCUGCCAGAAGCAACAGUAAUAAGCCUGGUAUUUUGGGAAUUCACUAAUAUGCUGACAAGAAAGGCAAACAUCCUGAAUGCAUCCUUGCUGUUGCAGUGGUUUUGCACUGCUCAGAAAAAAACUUUGAAAUUUCCUUCUCCUUUUUUGGACGGGGUCAAGACUUAAGACUUAACGCCCAGAACUUCGUUACACGCUCCUUGUAAAACCACCCAUCCAAGAGUCAUUGGUCAUGUCACUAAUGAGCACUUCCCCAAAGCAAGAGCUAUCUACCCUCCCAAUCUAAAAAUAUUGACUCCUCUCAUUGAAAUAUUUACUUAAUCUGGAGAGCACUGUAAUGUAACCACUUUAAAGUAGUCAUAUCUUUUUCUGAAGGUCAAUAAGAACACAGAAUUGUGUAACUAGACAAAAGCAAAACCAUAUUUAAGAGCAGUGUAACCAAAGCCAAGUAUCCAAGGAAAACCAAUACCCACCAGUUGUUCCCAAGUACACGGUCACAGGGCAAGCUGUACUGGGACCAUAACCUAAUGAAUCCAUGUCCUGUAUAUAUUGUACCCGGAGUUUGGGGUUUGUCAAGGCCGAGAUUAUGGAAAGAAAAUUUGCCCUCCCUCAUACCUCCCUGCCCACCAACCCCUGCUCCUUCCUUGUGGCUGAUGGCAUCUUGUUCAAAACAUCUUAAAUUUUUUAAAUAUCUAUCACCAGCUGCCAAACAAGACUGAGAGUGAAAAGUGAACUGAGAUACAUCAGGCAGCCUCUGAGCAUGGAACAGAGAGGAUGUAUUUAAGAAAUUAAGUGGAGCCCUCAAAGUUAGCUUAAAUGGUUUUCUGAUUUGUUGACAUGAACAUAACCUAAUAAAGUAGUUUUACUAAAACCAUGAUUUUUCCCUUCGAAUUCACACAUUACCCACAUAAUCCAUUAUCAUUUUUAAUACUUCAACUUUCAUUUAAAAAAUCUGAUAUUUCAAAGAAGAGGACUGUAAGGAUGUGCAAGUAAAUAUAGUAAGUGCAUUUGUCUAAAUAAGCUGCCAGGGUAUUUGUUGCAGCACUGUUUUUAUUAGUAAAAUGUUGGAAACACCUUGAAUAGCUUUCAUGAAGGAACUGGCCAAAUAGAUAAUGAUAUAUAAAGGAAUAUAAUACAACCAUUAAAAAGAAUGAAGUAUCUCUAAACAUACUAUCAUGAAAGAUUUCCAUUACAGUAUUCAGUGGAAAAAGUAAGUUACAGAACAGCAUGUAUAAUGUGAAACCAUGAAUGUAAAAAACAAAAAUAUGUUUGUAUGGUUGAAAGUUUGGAAAGAUUUUAUUUACCAAUAUCUGAAGGGACGGAGAGAAGGGAAUUUUUACUUUUUGCUAUAUACCUAUGAUAUUUGUUUUUGCCGCAAGUAUGAAUUAGACUAUAAAAUAAAGAAAAAUGUAAACCUAGGAAAAGACUGUAAGUGCACAAAAGAUAUAUAUAAGAAAAUGGAUAUUUAUAUUUUCCAUUAUGCUGUUUUUAAGUCUACUAUGUCUAGAAUUUUGUAUCAUGGGACAUAUUUUAUACACUUUUAAAUAAAAUAAAUUUUCUAAAUAAUA